AUGGCCUGGCAACCAUAUGUUGACAAUCUUGUAGCGUCAGGGUAUAUUUCAAAGGCAGCAAUCCAUGGACUUGACGGAGAAGUGUGGGCAAGCAGUAGCGAUCUGUUGAUUUCUGCCAACGAAGUGGAUACAAUUCUGAAUGCACUUGAAGGAGACGUCUCCAUGGUAGCUGUUAAUGGAAUUCUGCUAUCAGGUCAACACUAUAUGUUUUUGCGAUCAGACCCGGGAUCAUCUAUUUAUGGCAGGAAAGGCGACAGCGGGUGCUGCAUAGUGAAAACUAAAAAAAGUGUAUUAAUUGGUAUCUAUGGCGGUGGUAUACAGGCUGGAUCUGCGACUGUCGUAGUUGAAAAGCUUGGUGACUACCUUAAAGCGCAGGGUUUUUGA